AGGAACAGGAGUAUACAAGAGCUGCAAGGUGUUACUGGAGUACAGCCAGUGCAGCAAUCUGCAACAAAACCAGCCCAGGGCACCUGCAAAACAUGUCUUGUUGGGCACGUACCAGUAAGGAGAAGUAUGGAGUGGCGAUUUGGAAUUUCAAAGGGACGGGCGAGUAUCACCUCCCCCUGCAGAUUGGGGACACUGUGCAUAUCCUGGAGCUCAGAGAAGGUUGGUACAGAGGAUACACACUGAAAAACACUUCGGUCUGGGGCAUAUUCCCCAUAUCCUUUAUCAAAGUGAAGAACGCCAGAGUGGAGAUGAGAGACGGUCGAGAGACGAUCAUCUCGUCUGAGUUAGCGAUGGUGCAGGAGAUCACCACCACACUGAGGGAGUGGGCCCACAACUGGAGACAGGUCUACCUGGAGGGUGGGAAGGCUCUGUUCUUGCGGUUGGGUCAUAUGAUGCGUGAGUUGAUGGAGAGGAGGUCUCAGCUUCUCUCAGGGACCCUGCCGAAGGACAAGCUACAGGAGCUGAAGCAGCAGGUCACCUCCAAGAUGGACUAUGGGAACAAGAUCCUGACGCUGGACCUGGUGGUGCGCGAUGACGAGGGCAACAUCCUGGAUCCAGAACGCACCAGCGUGGUCAGCCUGUUCCGAGCCCACUGCAAGACCACCUGCCGCAUCACGCAGCGAAUCAAUGAGGAGUCUUGCAGUGAUCAGAGUGGGAUAAACCAGGCAGAUGUUUUCUCCAGCUCCCCCACGCACAGUCUCUACGUCUGCGUUCGGAACUUCGUCUGCAAGCUGGGAGAGGAGGCUGAGCUCUUCAUGUCUCUGUAUGACCCUGCCGAGCAGAAGAUAAUCAGUGAGAACUUCCUCAUUCGCUGGGCACACACUGGCUUGCCAAAAGAGAUUGACAAACUAAACAACCUCAAAGUUGUUUUCACUGAUCUGGGGAGGAAGGAGCUGAGCCGGGAGAAGCUGUUCCUGGUGUGCCAGAUUGUCCGAGUGGGAAGGAUGGAUCUGAAGGAAGCGAAUGUCCGGAAAGCUACCCUGGGGCUGCGGAGGCCGCUUGGAGUCUCAGUGAUGGACGUGACGGAGAUCGUUAAAGGGAAGGUGGAGAGCGACGAGGACAAACAGCACUUCAUCCCCUUCGUGCAAGUGGCAGCCGAGAAUGAUUUUCUUCACAGCUUGAUCAAGAAAGUCAUUGAAGCCAAAGACAUAAACCACAAAGGACAAGGGCUCUGGGUGUCCAUUAAGAUGCUGAACUGGGACCUGAAGCAGCUUCAGCAGGAGCAGCCUCAUCUAUUGGACCGGGGUGCCGUGGUGGCACGGAAGAUGGGCUUCCCUGAGAUCAUCAUGCCAGGGGAUGUGAGGAAUGAUAUCUACGUGACACUGGUUCAGGGCGAGUUUGACAAGUGUAACAAAACCACCCAGAAGAAUGUGGAGGUGACCAUGGUGGUGUGCAGCGAAGAGGGGGAGGUGAUCUCUAACGCUAUCUCCCUGGGUACAGGAGACAAGAAUGUGAGCGAGUUCCAGUCUACGGUGUAUUACCAGUUGAAGCACCAGCACUGGAUGGAGACAGUCAAGGUAUCCAUCCCUAUUGAAGAUGUUCAAAAGACUCACCUGAGAUUCACCUUCAAGCACCGGCCCUCAAGUGACUCCAAAGACAAGGGUGAGAAGAAUUUCGCCAUGGCGUUUGUGAGGCUGAUGAGGCCAGAUGGGACAACUCUGAGGGAUGGUGAGCACGACCUGGUUCUCUACAAGGGCGACAGCAGAAAACUGGAGGACAUCAACGUGUACAGAAACCUUCUGUCCACCAGGAGCAAUGGUGAGCAGCAGAGCCGCCACUCCCUGGUCUCCACCGUGAAGGGAACCCUGGGAGGGGCCAGCGGGCUGAGCUGCAGCAGGGACAGCUUCCAGAUCGCCACUCUCAUCUGCUCCACCAAACUCACCCAGAACGUGGACCUCCUAGGCCUGUUGAAAUGGCGUUCGAACCCGAGCCUGCUGGAGCAGAACCUGAGGAAGCUGAUGAAGGUGGAGGGAGGGGAGGUGGUGAAGUUCCUGCAGGACACUCUGGACGCCCUCUUCACUAUAAUGAUGGAAAACGCUGAGACUGAUACCUACGACUGCCUGAUCUUUGAUGCACUGGUUUUUAUCAUCAACCUGAUUGCUGAUAAGAAGUUCCAGCACUUCAAUGCGGUCCUGGAGGCCUACAUCUGCCUGCACUUCAGCGCCACCCUUGCUUACAAGAAGCUGAUUGUGGUUCUGACGAGCUACCUGGAGCAAAGCAGCAAAGAGGAGCCCAACGAGAAGAUGAUGGUCACCUUCAAGGGGCUGGAGUACAUCUUCAAGUUCAUCGUGCGCUCGCGCAGCCUCUUCGCCAAGCUGUACGAAGGGAAGGAGGAAGCAGAGUUUGAGCUUUCUAUCCAGAAGUUCUUCCAGGCGCUGAAUGCAGUGAUGGGAUCCACAGUGGAGGGCUCCAUCAUCCUGGCACAGGGUUACGCUCUGAGGUAUGUGCCAACAAUACUGCAGGAUCUGGCUAGGAUAUUCAACCCGGCACUGCUAAGUAACCUGCUGAAGGACUUCAUCCUGAGCCUGCCUCCGGACAGACUGGAGAAACAGAAGCUGCAGUCUCUCACAGCCAUGGUCAACAGCCAGAUCUUCCACAGGCCAGAGUGCAGAGACGCCCUGCUGCCCAUGAUGAUUGAGGAGCUGAAGAUGCUAAUAUUGAACUGGUCAGAGGAAGAGACCUGCAUUGAGCUGCUGAGCAACAUCCUGGAGGUUCUGCACAGGCCUGACAUGGGGGAGGUGCGUGGACACAUUCAGCUGAUCCUGAAAAAGCUGCUUCAAACCGUCAACCAGCGCGUGAUGAUCCUGGGCCAGGAGCACGAGCUGAGCAGUCACUAUGUGGCGUGCAUGACAGCAAUCCUCAGCCACAUGGACGAUUCCCACUACAGAGAUUAUAUCCAGUCCUUCACCACGCGCCAGGACCUCAUGGACUUCCUGAUGGAGACCUUCAUCAUCUUCAAGGACCUGAUUGGGAAGACAGUCUACCCCUCUGACUGGAUGGUGAUGACCAUGGUCCAGAACAGGGUGUUCUGCCGAGCAAUCAACCAGUUUGCUGAGACUCUCACCCAGAACUUCCUCCACGGAUCCAAUUUUGAACUGCAGCUCUGGAACAACUACUUCCACCUGGCCGUAGCCUUUCUCACCCAGAAGUCUUUGCAGCUGGAGAACUACUCCCACGUGAAGCGCUCCGCCAUCCUGUACAAGUAUGGUGAUAUGCGAGAAGCUCUGGGUGGUUCAAUCAGGGACAUGUGGUGCAAUCUGGGGGAGCACCAGAUCUCCUUCAUCCCUGACCUAGUGGGCCCGAUCCUGGAGAUGACGCUGGUGCCUCACGUGGAGCUGCAGCGCUCGACCAUCCCGCUAUUCUUCGACAUGAUGCUGUGCGAGUACCGCCUCACCGCCAAGUUCAGCUCGUUCGAAGACGAGAUCAUCAAGAAGCUGGACAGCGAAGUGGAGGGAGGCCGGGGAGAUGAGCAGUACAAGCAACUCUUCCAGAAAACCCUCCUGGACUGCUGCAAAAAGCACCCCCACCUGGCCAAGCCCUGUGAGAACUUUGUUGCCAUGGUGACAGGGCUGAUGGAGCGGCUGCUUGACUACAGAGCGGUGAUGUACGAUGAGAACCAGGCCUACCGCAUGAGGUGCACCGUCAACCUGCUGAAUUUCUACAAAGAGAUAGACAGACAGGAAAUGUACAUCCGAUACUUACACAAGCUCCGGGACCUGCACCUGUGCUACGAGAACUACACUGAGGCAGCCUUCACCCUGCUGCUGCACGCCAAGCUGCUCAAGUGGUCGGACGAGCCCUUCUCUGCCCAGACACAGGGCUUCGAGAGCAUGCACACCCAGCGACAGGUGAAGGAGAGCCUCUACAGCAAGAUCAUCGACUACUUCGACAAGGGCAAGAUGUGGGAGGAGGCAAUCGUGCUGUGCAAGGAGCUGGCUCAGCAGUACGAGAGCGAGCUGUUCGACUACGAGAUGCUGAGCGCCAACCUGCAAAUACAGGCCAAGUUCUUCCAGAACAUCAUGACUGUGCUCCGGCCCAAGCCAGACUACUUCGCAGUGGGGUACUAUGGCCAGGGGUUCCCCACCUUCCUCCGGAACAUGAUCUUCAUCCACCGCGGGAAGGAGUACGAGAGGAGGGAGGACUUUGAGCUGCAGCUCAUGACUCAGUUCCCCAGCGCAGAGAAACUCAAGACCACAUCGCCCCCUGGAGACGACAUCAAGAACUCCCCUGGACAGUAUAUCCAGUGCUUCACUGUCCAGCCGAUCCUGGUGGAAAACAACCUGUUUAAGAACAAGUGUGUCCCCGAUCAGAUCCUCGAUUUCUACAAAGCCAAUAAAGUUCAGAACUUCACCUACUCUCGGCCAGUUAGGAAGGGACCCAAAAACCCCGAGAACGAGUUUGCGACCAUGUGGAUCGAGCGAACCACCUUCAGCACGGCAUACAGACUGCCGGAUAUCCUGCGCUGGUACAAGGUGACCAGCAUGUGCGAGAUCACGCUGAGUCCGCUGGAGAACGCCAUUGAGACGAUGCAGACGGCCAAUGAAAAGAUCCUGACUAUGAUCAAACAGCAGCAGAGCGACCCCUCGCUCUCCAUCAACCCGCUCUCCAUGCUGCUCAAUGGCAUCGUGGACCCAGCCGUCAUGGGAGGCUUCGCCAAGUACGAGAAGGCGUUCUUCACUGAAGACUACAAGCAGAAGCACCCGGAAGACCAGGAGAAAAUCCUCAAGCUGCAGGACCUCAUUGCCUGGCAGAUCCCUCUGCUGGCUAGUGGAAUUCACAUCCACGGGCAGAAAGUGACGGGGGACCUGAAACCCUUCCAUGAGCGCAUGGAGGAGUGCUUCACCCAGCUCAGGGCCAAGGUGGAGAGCCAGUAUGGAGUGCGGCAGCUGCCAUUGUUUGAAGGUCCUCACAGCUCCCGCCCUCGCUCCAUGAUGACCUCAUUCAGACCCAUGUCCACCAUCUCUACCGGGUCGCUGGGGUCCCCCGGAUUUGACAAGGACAGUCUGGAGCUGCCCCUACCGAAGAAGGGAAUCUCCAAAUCACAGGAGAAGGUGGAUGUGGAGGAGAAGAAGAGUGAGAAGAGAGAGAACAGGAACAGCCUGCUCUUCAUGUACCGGAAGAACGAUCGUCCGUCCAUCUCUGACACCACCGAGCACAGCAAGGAUGUGGGGGCGAGCAUGUCCCGAAACAUGAGCGACAGUGUGCUUGAUAAGAGGGACGAGCAGAGACCCGCUCCUCAAGGCAAGACCACCAGCUCCUCUCUCCCCGCUAUAUCAGGAUCGAGGAAGAACAGUUUUGGGGGCCGAGUGAAGAGCGCCAAGCCCCCCCCUCUCCCGAAGAAGAUCAGCCCCACAGUGUACGAGCAGUUCAGCCCCGACACACCCCCAGAUGCCCCCCGCCCUGCCAGACUGGGCUCCGUCAAGUCUCCCAGUUCGUUGAGCCCUGUGAAGUCAAAGUCUCCACCCACUCCCCCACCCAAGGGCAAACGGCAGAGCCAAAUGUGAGACAAUCAAAACUUCUCAUCAGUGAACAAAACCAAUCAGAGCUUCUCUUCAGUGAACCAAACCAAUCAGAGCUUCUCUUCAGUGAACCAAUAAGAUCGCCUCUUUAACAAAUCAGAGCUUCUUUUUAUUAAACCAAUCAAAGUGUCUUGUCUUUACAGUGAACCAAUCAGAACUUUGUCUCCGUGAACCAAUCAGAACUUGUAUACAGUGACCCAAUCAGAAUUUCUUCUCAGUGUCUACUGUGAAACAAUCUUUGAAUCUUUGAAUCUUUUCAUUGAAAGUUUGACACAACAAGUGGACUUCUGAUCAACAUGAAACACAAACAACUAAGUGUGCAGAUAUUCAACUGAAAGUAGCGUGUGAGAAACUUCGAGAUACACAGACAGACAGACAGACAGACAGGGCUCCAAUUCUCCUUCUUCCUUCCCCCUCCCU